CAGCCCUGCACAGAACCGCACAGUCGUCUACGCCAUGCGCGCGCUGCUGCCGCUGCUGCGCACCGGUAGCGGGUGGCGCGUGGGGGCCCCUGCCGCCGCCCGCCUGCCUCAAGCAGCGAGCGCGGGGAGCGGGCCGCGCCGCGCCAUGGCCCUGUACCGCACGGAGGAACGCGGCCAGCUCCACUCGCAGGAUUACCGCAUCUUCUUCAAGAAUGUAGCUGGUCACUACAUUUCCCCCUUUCAUGAUAUUCCUCUGAAGGUGGACUCUAAGAAAGAGGAAAAUGGCAUUCCUACAAAGAAAGCACGAAAUGAUGAAUCUGAGAAUUUGUUUAAUAUGGUUGUAGAAAUACCUCGGUGGACAAACGCUAAAAUGGAGAUAGCCACCCAGGAGCCAUUGAAUCCCAUUAAGCAAGAUGUAAAGGAUGGCAAGCCACGCUUCACGGCGAAUAUCUUCCCUUACAAAGGUUAUAUAUGGAAUUAUGGAGCCCUCCCUCAGACUUGGGAAGAUCCCCAUCAAAAAGAUAAGAGCACAAACUGCUGUGGAGAUAAUGAUCCUAUUGAUGUUUGUGAAAUAGGCUCAAAGGUUCUAUCUCCUGGAGAGGUUAUUCAUGUGAAGAUCCUUGGAAUUUUGGCUCUUAUUGAUGAAGGUGAAACAGAUUGGAAAUUAAUUGCUAUCAAUGCAAAUGAUCCUGAAGCUUCAAAGUUUCAUGAUAUUGAUGAUGUUAGGAAGUUCAAACCAGGUUAUCUGGAAGCUACUAUUAAUUGGUUGACAUAUUAUAAGGUGCCAGAGGGAAAACCAGAAAAUAAGUUUGCUUUUAAUGGAGAAUUCAAAAACAAGGCUUUUGCCCUUGAAGUUAUUAAAUCUACUCAUGAAUGUUGGAAAGCAAUGCUUAUGAAGAAAUGUGAUAGAGGGGCUAUAAAUUGCACAAACGUGCAGGUAUGUGGUAGCCCUUUCCAUUGCACUCCAGAGAAAGCAAGAUCAUUAGUUGAAUCGGUCUUAACAUCUUCGUCAAAUAAAGAAAGUAAUAUAGACGACCAAGUAUGGCACUUCCUUGGCAAGUGAUUUCAACGUUUGAAGUUCUGCCAUCAAGAUUUCAACUUCUACGGGACUCCGAGACUCAUUUUCCCUUAGUGCUGGAGACAGGCAGGCCUAUGAACAUUUGCUGACUUUCUGUUGAAUCUUCAAUUGUUUUCAAUAACGUAAUAUGUAAAUAAACACUGAAAUUUUUGAAUUUGUCUCUUUUU